CAAUGUGAACCCACGUGGACCCUUUGAGUAGAGAAAAAGGCCUGCUUUGCUUUAAAAGGUAUCGGGAGGGAGGUAUGGCAGAGUCUGAUGAGGAGAUCGAGCGGCUGUGGGAGGGAGAGGAGGAACAAAUGGCCGAGGAGGACAAGGACUGGCUCAUUCAGCGACUCAGGGAGAAAGUGCAUGACUUGAAGGAGCAGCUGCGUCUGAUCUCGACGUUGGGACAUGGGAGUAUCACCGGAGACUCAGGGCCGUUGGCACAUCUCGUCUUCUUCAACAACAUCGAGUCAAUGUCCAAUAGAUAUCGUAUGGAAAUGCUGAUACGAAGUCUGGCCAAUUCUGUCCGAGGCUCUCAGCUGCAAGUGGAGGCUCUGACACAUUACCAUCAGCCAAGUGCUGUGUUGAUCAGCAGUACAGGAGGUGAGAGUGGGGAUGAGGAGGAGGAGGGGGAGGAGGAGGAGGUGUGUGUGGUGGGGAGUGUGGAGUAUUACGUCGACUUCUGUCUCGACUGGCGAGGUAUCCCCGUGAGGGAGGUGGGGGGAGGGGUCGACGGAGGGAAACGAAUCGAGUGGAAACCAAAUGAAGAAACGGCAGUCCUGUAUGGUCAGGUGUAUCUGGAGCCGUUCUGGGUGGACGUGGUCGGAGAGAGGGAGGAGAGGAGACGACGGAGAAUGGGGAUUGCUUGCUUCAACUGUGGAGAUGACCACCACAUCAAGGAUUGUCCCGAGCCCAAGGACCUCUUCAGAAUCAAUGUCAGGAGACAAGAGUACCUCGCCUCACUAGGAACCGUGGGAGCUGAUAGACGGUAUCACAUGACGUCAGGUGACGAUCGCUUCAAGAAAUUUGUUCCUGGGAAAAUCAGUGAGAAACUACGAAAAGCUAUAGGACUAAUGAAUGAGACAGACUAUCCUCCGUAUAUCUACCGCAUGAGAGCCCUGGACUACCCUCCUGGAUACAGGAUACUGGCCAGAGAGAGAGGACUCAGGAUGUAUGACAGCGCUGAUGAUGCCCAAGACAAAGAUAACGAGGAUACAAUGAAAAGAGAAGACAUCAUAAUAUAUCCUGGAUUCAAUUCUCCUGAUGUUCUUCAAUCUACUGCACCUUCCUAUAAGUUGGGGUGUGGGGGACCUCCUCCCAUCAGCUGCACUACAACCUCAGAGGUGAGCAUGUUCUCCACUCUCACCCAAGCCUACUGGAGACAAGAACAAGGAGAAGUUGAAGCAGUGGCUGUCGUCUGCUGACUCCGCCCACCAGAAAGAGGCGGAGCCAGUCCAGCAGGAAGAUGUGGACGACCUUGGAACACUCAGUGACUACGAGUUUGGAGGCGGAAAUGACGGCAGGCGGGGAAGAAGUUGUUGUUGGUUUCGGUCUCCGAAAACUGCUCAAAACGGUACCACGAGAGACCGACGAGGACCAAACGUCGCCACCGCCACCGCCACUACCGCCACUACCGCCACCACCACCGCCGAAACCGAAACGGAAAAAGAGGUUUUCGCUGGAUUUCCCUCCGGGUCUCGUGCACGAUGAGAGUGAAUGCAUACAGAGCCCAAAGCAUUGGAAAAAGCUAAAGAAAAUUCUGGAGGCCAAGAAGAAGCCGGACGGGAAAGAAAUGAGAAAUAGAAGGAAGCUCUGCAACCAAUAGUGCUGUCCAACCACCAUCACACUCAUUCAAUCCAUAUACUGUUCGAGAAAUUUUUCAUACAUUUUGAGGACUAAAACCUAACAGAUUCGCAGAGCCUAAAGAAAACCUAGUACAGCAUUAUACUUGGUAUGCAGCUGUUGCACGCAUGUUUCAUCCGUUUCAAGAUAAAGUUUCUCUGCAU